CUCCUUCCCUUCGUUGCUGCCCGCUUCAUCAUCUUCUUCUCUUGAGUAACUCAAACGUAGCACUUUUCUAUUUGCUUUGAAGUUAACUGCGACAGUCUUUUUGACAGACAACAACCUUACCUACUCACAUACACGCGCGCGGUAAUAGAGAUCCGGUCUCAUUUGCAAUUGAAAACCAGCAAACAAGCACCCAGCCUGCUGAACACCACCUAGGCAAUUCCAAACACCCACAGGCGUCGGCUUUCCAAAGCAGCGGCGGGCCUCCCACUCCCUGACCCGCUAUGAGAGUGGAAACAAACGCCCGGCAUACUGCUACUACCAACUAGAGAUAACUUACAAUUAACGUCCAUUUUCUUUUCCCCUGAACAAGAAAAUGCGCAACAAGCUUGUGAAAGCGAGGCCGAAUUCCACAACUGCAAAGGCAUUGGGUUUUUUUAACAUACAUCAGGAUCGUGGUGACGGUGACGAACGCAAAACCUCCCCUUCAUCAUCUACGCGAAAUUCCGUCGACGCACCGCUAUCUUCCCCACGAACAGCAACCACAGUACCAGCCCCGAAUCAACAAGCACAAGCCGCCAUCACCUCUCCACCUACUUCACCCAGCCCAACAAGCCGCACCAGAUCCCCGCUGCCACCACCGCAAUCCUCUUCAAGCAAUAAUAACAGGGCCGCGAGGCAACAGCAGGAAGACCCGCGCCCCUCGUUCCGAGCGACUCUUACCCCGGCGUCGGAAGCCACAAUCAACUCUGCCAUGACACGAACGGCUGCAGGAUCAACAGCACCAAGUACAAACGGAGUAAACAGCAAGGCAGGGCCACCAGCGCCGUCGCCCUCGGCGGCCGUAACAACAUCCUCUUCCUCCCUCUCCCCAAGCCGCAUGAAUUCCACCAUCCGCGCGGUACCAAGUUUUGAUCGUUCCUCCGCCGAAGACUCGAGCAGCGACGGCACAAACGCGACAACGUCGAGGAACUCUGCGCUUUCGAGCUCGAUCAACAGCACGGCGAGCAUGUCUUCUUCCGAGUCGGCGGCGAACCUGACGCCCAAAAGCGGUGGGCUCCACAAGAUUCCGUCGGUGGGAAGGCUGCGACCUGGCCCAUCGGGGGCUUCGAUUGGCGAGAAUAAUUAUAGUAACAGUGAUCAGAACAGCACGCCAGGGAUGGGAACGCUGCGGUCAUUUCCUAGCAUGGGUGACAUUCCGCAGCGGGGGAGCAGUAUUAGCGCUACUGGUUACCCCUCGGCGGCUGACAACCCCGGCCCCAACGGUGGAGGAAGCCCGACUCCUAAUGAGAUGUCGCUUGCUGCUGGGGAGGCGCAUCUCUCGGGGGGGUGGGACAACUCGGUGGGCAAGGCUGGGUUGGGGAAGACGGGGAGGGUGAUCAACCGGUUGGUGUCGGACAACGAGUCGUUGAAGAGGGACAUCAAGAUUGAGAGGUUGAGGGCGGAGGAGGCGAGGCAGCAGGCGCAACUGCUGAAGGACCAGCUGGACAGGACGACGCGGGAGCACGAGAGCCAGAUGCUGGAUGUCAAUGUCACCAAGACUUUGCUGGCGCGUAAGGAGCGGCAGGUGGAGGCGCUGCAGCAGACGGUGGAGCUGGAGCGGACGAGGGCUGUGUCGGCGACGGACAGGGAGAGGAUCUGGAAGGAGGAGCUGGAGAAGGUCAAGGCCGAGUGCAAACGGCAGGUGGAGGAGGCGAACAAUCAGGUUUUGCUGACGGACGGGCGGUAUAACGCGCUUGCGAGCCACUGGGGCGGGGAGGGGGAGAGGUACAGGAAAAGGACGGACAAGAUGAGGAAGGAGUUUGAGGAGCUGAGCGAGAAGAGGAGGGAGGAUGACGAGAAGAUUAGGAGGCACGAGCAGAUGAUUGAUCAGAUGUAUGUGGAGAUUGAUGAUUUGGAGAAGCAGAACAGGGCGCUGUGGGAGAUGUUUGAGCGGUACAAGAAGGAGAAGGACGAGAGCUUGAGGGGGAUGACGGAGGAUAAUUUGAGGCAGGCAGAGGAGCUGCAGAGGACGAUUGAGGAGGCGAAGGAGGCGAGGGAUAAGUUGAGGUGGGCGUUGAAUGUGAAGGAGAAUGUCAAGGGGGCGAAAUAA